GCCGCCGCCUUGGUCUGGGCCGGGCAGCUGCUCCGCCAAGAAGUGCAGCAGCUCGCCCAGGGCCACCACGCCUCGGCCGCGCAGCGGGAGCAGCUGGCCCGCAGCCUGCAGGGGCUGGCGCAGCAGGUACAGUCCAUUCAAGCUACAGUUGGAGAUUUUGAAUCAGCGAUGAAAAUAGUUCAGCAGAAGCAAGAAGUUACGGAGAAGACUGUUAAGCAAGGGGAGAAUGAAAUAAAUCGCAUCAGUGAAGUUCUUGAGAAACUACAAAAUGAAAUCUUGAAAGACCUGUCUGAUGGCAUCCAUAUGGUAAAGGACUCAAGAGAGCGAGACUUCACAUCUCUUGAAAAUACUGUGGAAGAAAGACUAACAGAGUUAACCAAGUCUAUAAAUGAUAACAUUGCUGUAUUCACUGAAGUCCAGAAAAGGAGCCAAAAUGAAAUCAGCGAUAUGAAAACAAAGGUUGCUUCAAUGGAAGAAAAAGACGCAUAUAAACAUGAGUUAAAGGUGCUGAAAGAUGCUCUUGAUGAUGUGCAAGCAUCCUUGAAAACCAAAGAAAAGGACAUAGAGUUGCUGAGAAGUACAAUAGAUUCAAUGGAAUCUGAUGUUUAUACUGAAGUCAAAGAACUAGUUAACCUCAAACAGGAACACGAGAAAUUCAAAGAGGCUGCAGACACUGAACACCUUUCAUUACAAGCUUUACGAGAGAAAGUUCUUAAAGCUGAAGAAUCCCUUACACAGUUCCCUGAUGAGAUUAAAAGACUUGAUGAAGACUUACUGCAUAUUAAAGCCAACCUCAAACAGGAUGUAAACGAACUCCCAGAAAACAUACCAGAAAUCCUUGAAAAGAAUCAGGAAAGGUUUGAAUCCAGGUUCAGACCUGUAGAAGACAGUCUUGAGUCCCUGACUUCGGCUACCACUCAAUACAUUGAAAAGAUGGAAUCCCUUCUUUCUAGGCAGGAGGAGCAUGAGAACAAGCUAGUUUCCUUAGAGGAAGGCAUUACAGCUCUACGGGACACCUUAGGUGCUGAUACAAGUUCAAUAUCAGACACUCUGAGAAGUCUCAGUGAAUCUCAGAUUUCAUUGUUCAAUGAUAUUGAUGAACUGAGAAGAAGUGUAAGUGACCUCCCAAACUCUGCUGAUGCCCUUCAGAACAUCCAGAAAGAAGUUAGGGCUUUGCUGGAUCAAGAAAAGCCUCAGAUGGAUCAAGCACAACCUCAAGAAUAUAUAGAAAAGCUGUCUUCUGUGGAAGGCUCUGUCAGUGAUUUAAGGUCUUCUGUCAGUCAGGUCGAUACUGACUUGAAAAUGGUCAGAACUGCAGUAGAUAGCUUAGUUGCUUAUUCAGUGAAAAUUGAAACUAAUGAGAACACCCUGGAGUCGGUGAAGACCACAAUAGAUGACCUAAGGAAUGAUCUGGAAAGAUUGUUUGUGAAAGUAGAAAAGAUACAUGAAAAGAUUUGAGGAACAGUGCUGAUUAGGCAAGUAUUGGAUUUUUUUAGAAAAUUAGCUUUUGUAUGCCCCCUCCUUUUUAUUUUUUUACUCUCUUUAAAGAUGAGUUGACACCUCCAAAAGAAAACAAGAAUGCUUUUACAGUCUGAUACAGAUCUGCUCAUUUUCCUGUACUUUUCUUCUGUGCAGGGUAUUUUUAAGUUUCACAGAGGUUUAAAUUACUAAAGGCUUUUUUAAAUCUAGAAUGAUAUUUUGCUUUAACUGCCCUGUUCUAGUUAGUGAUACAGCCCCUUCUUUGUAACUCCAACCAUCAGACAGCGUGGUCCUAGUUAUAAUGAUGUAAGGGUACUUUAUACAAGUACAGCUAUUCCUAUAGAAAAGGGGGAAAAACUGCUGGUAUAAGACAUCUUUAUAUUGACACAUGCUAGAGGAGUGAUUCUCUAAGUGCUGUUGCACCCCAGGGUGCAUUGAUAGCCAUUU